AUGAGAACAGAUCAUCAGAAAUUUAUACUUGCACAAAGGAGUUCGGGAUGGAUCUCCAGUUGGCUGCCAUCCUGGUGUCCCACCUCGCUCUCCCAUCUUAUAAAAGCAGAAGACAGAAUCCUGAAACCCAUCAAAGUGAAGUUUACUCAAGGAUAUGUACCCAUAUCUAAUGGCAACUACAUAUGGACUCUUGGCUUUAAUGAGAGAGAAAGCUCACCUGACCUCUCUGCUUCUGGGGUUCAACACCAUCAGGUCCCACUGGUGCUACUACAUGGUUUUGGGGGUGGAGUGGGUCUGUGGGUAAAAAACCUACCUGCCCUUGCACAGGAAGGACGGGCCUUCUUCGCACUGGUCAUGCUGGGUUUUGGACGCAGCAGUCGACCAACCUUCGGCAGGGAUGCAGAGGAGCAGUUUGUACAAGCCCUGGAGGACUGGAGAAAAGCAGAAGGGUUGGAACAUAUGAUUCUUCUGGGCCAUGAUCUUGGAGGAUAUGUGUCUACCACCUAUGCCCUGAAAUAUCCUCACAGAUUGAAGCACUUGGUGUUGGUGGAGCCAUGGGGUUUUGCAGCAAGACCGAAUGUCAAGGAGCGUUGGGUUCCCAUCUGGAUUCAAAUAUUUGGGGCAGCAAUGAAUCCAUUUAACCCUCUUGGUCCGCUUAGGCUGGCAGGCCUGCUGGGUCCUUUGUUGCUACAGCUUUUGCGAGCAGAUUUUAAGCAGAAAUUUGCUUCUGUAUUUGCAUGGAAACCUAGGUUGCUGCUGGAAGAGGUCAUUCAGGGUGCAGGUCACUACAUAUUCGCAGACCAAUCAGAGGACUUCAACCAGACUGUGCUCAAGAUAUGCAAUAACUUCAGGCACAUAAUCAAUGGGGAGGAAUAUAAUCAAUGA